AUGAGUGACAAGCUUGACAGCGAAGGUCCCGAGCCCAUGGAGGGCUGCGACCAGGACAACAGCAACACCCCUGGCAGCCCCGAGGCCUCAGCCCCCCAGGAGGAAGAGGGAUCUGGGGCGUCGGGCGGGGCGGGCCCAGGGCCUGGUCUCUACGGCUACAUCAGGGAAGACCUGUUCACCUCGGAGAUCUUCAAGCUGGAGCUGCAGAACGUGCCCCGCCACGCCAGCUUCAGCGAUGUCCGGCGCUUCCUUGGCCGCUUCGGCCUGCAGCCCCACAAGACCAAGCUGUUCGGGCAGCCACCCUGUGCCUUCGUGACAUUCCGUAGCGCCGCCGAGCGGGACAAGGCGCUGCGUGUGCUGCACGGGGCCCUCUGGAAGGGGCGCCCGCUCAGCGUGCGCUUGGCGCGACCCAAGGCCGACCCGAUCGCCAAGAGGCGGCAGCGGGAGGGCGAGCCACCAGUCACACACAUCGCCGACGUGGUGACGCCGCUCUGGACGGUCCCCUAUGCCGAGCAGCUCGAAAGGAAGCGAGUGGAGUGUGAGCAGGUGCUCCAGAGGCUUGCCAAGGAAAUUGGAAGCACCAACCGCACCCUGCUGCCGUGGCUGCUCACACAGAGACACAAGCACAACAAGGCCUGCUGCCCGCUGGAGGGAGUCAGGCCAUCGCCCCUGCAGACUGAGUAUCGGAACAAGUGUGAGUUUCUGGUUGGCGUCGGGGUGAACGGAGAAGACAACACAGUGGGCUGCCGGCUGGGCAGGUACAAGGGCGGGACAUGUGCCGUGGCCGCCCCUUUUGACACCAUGCACAUCCCAGAGGCCACCAAGCGAGUGGUGAGGGCCUUCCAGGAGUUUAUCCGGUCCACCUCGUACUCAGCAUAUGACCCGGAAACAUAUGAAGGUUACUGGAGGCAGCUGACUGUGCGUACCAGCCGACGAGGGCAGGCCAUGGCCAUCGCUUACUUCCACCCCCAGAAACUGAGUCACGAGGAGCUGGCGGGACUGAAGGCUUCCCUCGCACAGCAUUUUGUGGAGGGGCCAGGCAAGGACAGUGGUGUGACCUCCCUGUUCUUUGUGCAGGAGGGACAGCGAAAGACUCCCAACCAGGGGGACCUGCCACUGGAGCAUGUGGCCGGGGACCGGUACAUCCAUGAGGAUGUGCUGGGGCUGACCUUCCAGAUCUCCCCCAACGCUUUCUUCCAGGUGAACACACCAGCAGCUGAAGUGCUCUACACGGCCAUCCAGGACUGGGCUGAGCUGGACGCAGAUAGCACGGUGCUGGACGUGUGCUGUGGCACCGGGACCAUCGGCCUGGCCCUGGCCCGGAAGGUGAAGAGAGUCGUUGGCAUUGAGCUCUGUCAGGAGGCAGUGGAGGACGCCCGGGUGAAUGCCCGUGUGAACGAGCUGAACAACGUUGAGUUCCACUGUGGGAGGGCAGAGGACCUCGUGCCCACCUUGGUGAACAGACUGGCCUCCCAGCAGCUGAUCGCCAUCCUGGAUCCCCCUCGUGCUGGUCUGCAUUCCAAGGUGAUCCUGGCCAUCCGCAGAGCCGUGAACCUCAAGCGGCUCCUCUAUGUCUCCUGCAACCCUCGAGCUGCCAUGGGCAACUUUGUGGAGUAA